AUGGCAGACGCCGCCGCGGCGGCCGCCGUGCCCGGCGAUGCCCCCGCCGGCACCACCGUGCUGGACUCGCUCGGCGAGGACAUCACCCGCAUCGUCUACCCCGUCUCCGCCUGCAUGCUCCUCGUCGUCCUCCUGGUCUCCCUCCUCUCCUCGCCCUCCUCCCCCUCGCCCCUCUCCGCCUCCAUCGCAGCCGCCACCGGCGGCGUCUCCGGAGGAGGGGACGACGACAUACCCACCGCGCUCAUCACCGCCCUCACCUUCGUCGUCGCCGUCACGGCCGCCACCUUCCUGCUCGCGCUCCUCUUCUACCUCCGCUGCACGCCCUGCCUCCGCGCCUACCUCGGCUUCUCCGCGCUCGCCGUCCUCCUCGUCCUCGGCGGCCAGGUCGCGCUCCUCCUCCUCUCCCGCCUCCGCUUCCCGCUCGACGCCGUCUCCUUCGCGCUCCUCCUGCCCAACGCCGCGGGGGCGCUCGCGCUCGCCGCUCUGGCCCCGGCCUCCGUCCCCAUCGCGCUCCACCAGGCCGCGCUCGUCGCCGUCGCCGUGCUCACCGCCUUCUGGUUCACGCUGCUGCCCGAGUGGACCACCUGGGCGCUGCUCGUCGCCAUGGCCAUCUACGACCUCGCGGCCGUGCUGCUCCCUGGUGGCCCUUUGAGGGUGCUGCUUGAGCUCGCCAUACAGAGGAACGAGGAGAUACCGGCCUUGGUCUACGAGGCCAGGCCGGUGGAUCCCCGCCAUGGCCGGAAUUGGCGCUUGUGGAGGGAAGGGACGCAACCUGGUGCAGAUUUGGAUGCCAGAUCCACGGUUGAGGUGAUUGGGGAGGUAUUGGGGAGGAAUCUUGAUGCCAACUCUGGAAACAGUUCAUCAUCCCAUGAUAAUGAAGCUGACGGUGAUGUUAGUAACUCAAGGCCCAGGGUGACAUUGGUGGCCGCUUUCAGCUCCUCUGAUUCUACUGUUGCACAAGCCGGGGAGGUUUCAGCAUUACCAGAGCAUAGAGUGGCUGUUGCUGAAAUGAGUGUACCUUUGAUCCAGCCACGCCCACAGAGAUCUGGGGAAGAGGCGGUGGAAGAUGAAGAUGGUAUUGGGUUGAGCUCAUCUGGGGCGAUCAAGCUCGGGUUGGGGGACUUCAUAUUCUACAGCGUUUUGGUCGGUAGGGCAGCGAUGUAUGACUACAUGACAGUGUAUGCCUGCUACCUUGCCAUCAUUGCAGGGCUUGGCAUCACUCUGCUCCUACUGGCGUUCUUCCGCAAGGCAUUGCCUGCCCUACCAGUGUCCAUCGCCCUCGGCGUUGUGUUUUAUGUGCUCACAAGAACACUGCUUGAGGAAUUUGUUGUGCAGUGCUCCACAAAUCUUUUGAUGUUUUAA